AUUUUUCUCCCCGAAACGGCGAAACCUAAUCGCGAAGGGCGAAGCCCCAAACCGGAGCCCCAACCCCGCUUCACUCUCUCUCUCUCUCUCUCUCUCCCUCUCACGUCGCUUUAACGAAGACGAAGGGGGCGAGGACGAGGAAUCCUCUUCGCACGACAAGCUUAAAGUACUGCAACAACUGCUCUACAACAUUAUGGAUGGUGGGAAAUCAGGAAAACGUAAAACAAGUACUUUCAGGGAGCGCCCACGCUCCCACUUUGAUAACAGGAAAAAGAAAAGGCCAAACCCUAGCCAUGAUGAUGGUUCUAUGUCCUCCAAACCGAUUGAUACCGUAUAUCGGAUCCUUUGCCCUGUCAAAAAGAUUGGGAGUGUUUUGGGCAGAGGGGGUGAAAUUAUUAAUGCACUUAGAGAUGAGACUCGUGCAAAGAUAAGGGUUGCCGAUGCUAUUCCUGGGGCUGAGGAGAGAGUUAUUAUUAUUUUUAGUUAUUCAGAUCAAGGUAUUGAUGGUGUUACUUCCGGUGAUAACGAAUUUGAGAAUCUAAAACCACAUUGUGCAGCCCAGGAUGCCUUGUUGAAGAUCAAUGAUAGGAUUGCGGCAGAUGAGAUUUUGCAUGGUGGCGUGGUGCAUGAAAAGAAUGAUUCAGAUGAUUCUGUCAGUGCCCGCAUUUUGGUUCCAAACAAUCAAGUUGGCUGUCUUUUGGGCAAAGGUGGCACUAUCAUACAACAACUGCGGAGUGAGACUGGUGCGACCAUCCGCCUUUUGCCGUCAGAGCAUCUUCCACCUUGUUCCAUGAGUAAUGAUGAAUUGGUUCAGAUAUCAGGAAGCCCUUCUGUUGUGAGAAAGGCUCUGUAUGAAAUUUCUUCUAGGCUGCAUCAACAUCCUCGCAAGGAAAACCCUCCUCUUGAAGAUAUAAUACAUGCCAGCACUCGAAGUUUAUACGAGCCUGCUGGCCCUGUCCCUCCUUUACCUCAAUCAGAUACAAUUUGGUCUCACCGGCGUGGUGGUGCGACAUCUCCAAUGCGAUGGUAUGAUGGUUAUAGAAAUGAACCAUCUGCAUAUGCUCCAGGUGGAUAUAGCAAUAGUCGUGGCGGAAAUAGUAGGGAAACAACAGAAGAGUUUUCUAUGAGGAUAUUGUGUGCCACUGCUAAGAUUGGUGGGGUUAUUGGGAAAUCUGGGGUCAAUGUAAGACAACUGGAACAUCAAACCGGUGCUAGCAUUCAAGUCGAGGACACGGAUCCCGAGGCGGAGGAACGGGUCAUUAUUAUCUCAUCUAAGGAGGUGCCUUCUGAUCCAACAUCUCCAACAAUCGAAGCUCUUCUUCUGCUUCAAAGCAGAACGAGUACAACCUCCGAGAAAGGGGUUGUGACUACUAGGAUUCUUGUUCCAUCAGGUAAGGUUGGCUGUAUUCUUGGGGAACGUGGCAGCAUAAUAACAGAGAUGAGAAGGCGAACAAGGGCAGAUAUUCGUUUGUUCUCGAAAGAGGAUAAACCAAAAUAUACCUCCGCAAAUGAGGAGCUUGUGCAGAUUUCUGGAAACGCUAUUGUUGCACGGGAUGCGCUUUCUGAGAUAGCUUCACGGCUUAGAACGAGGACUUUUCGAGGCGGAAGUGGUGUUAUGAAUCCUGUACCGCCGCCUCCUUUCCGUGAACUUUAUCCUACAGAACGCAUGCCUCCUAGAGAAUUACCGCCACCUGGAAGUCCAUCUUUCUAUAAGGAAUCUAUGAGUUCUUCUUACCGUGGGUAUGCUCCUCCGCAUAACUAUUCCAGGCCUAUGGUUUCUUCUUACCAUGGCUAUCCUUCUCCGGAGAGCUUUCCUAGUAGAGGACCUCCACCAUCAUCGGGCAUGCCCAGAACCGGGAAUUCUGUUGGUUAUGAUAAUCCAAAGGGUGCAGCACAAAUUUAUGAAGCUCAGGGUUAUCCAGGACCAACUACUGUUGCUGGGUAUCCAAGUAGAAUCAACUCUGUUGAGAUUAGGGCUCCUAACAAUGUGGCUGCAUCUUACAUGGGAGCAGGUGCUAGCAGUCUAUCUGACCCCCGUCAGUUUGCACAGAGUUCCUACAGGGACCCCUACAGAUCAGAACAGAGCUCCUACAGAGAUGUUUACAACUCAGAUAUCAGAUAUGGACACAACUGAAUCAUACCCUACCGGCACUUUUAGACUUACUAGCAUUUAAAUGUUAGGCGGAUCUUCUUACCCUAAAAAAAAAAAAAAAAUCUCUUUUGAUCUGGAAUCUCUAUAUAUUCAUGUAUUAUCUUUGAUUAAUCCGAGAAUUUUUGAAUCGAGGAACAAGUUUCAUAAUCCUCAACAUGGCGAUCUCAACCUUGAAAUUUGACGGAUCUUCCGACCAGAAGAAAGCAGCAUAGAGCCUUCUGUAGGGCUUCAUGACUUUGAAUGGACAGGAAAGACCACCCAUCCCGAGUGCUAUUUUUACACACACAGUUAAAAGUUGAUCUUUUUGUGACAUGUUAGAUUAUAUUAGGCUGUUCGUAAAGCUUUUACUGAGCUUAGAUUAGGCUAAAGAUUUUCCGGUGAAUUCGAAGCUUGCAAUACUUGAUGUUGUGACAAGUCGGUGCAGGAGAUCGUAUUCUGAUUUCUUAAGCAACCAUUUGAAGUCCUAACUUGGUUGUGGCCACACAUGGGAGGAAUUAAUUUUGAAUCUUUCUGUUGUUAAAUAAAAACAAAAAGUUCCCUAAAAUUGCAUUCGACUCUCUCUCUCUCUCUCUCUCUCUCUCUCUCUCUCUGCUUUUUUUAUUGUUGGUGGGAAGAGCCAACUAGAUCAGCUUGUGGGAGUAAAUUUUGCCUAUUUGUUCGGCUUCUAGGAGUAAAUUUUGCCUAUGUUUGUUAAUCCACCAUAUUCUUAGUUUCAA